GCGGGACAGAGUGAGGAGGGAGUGUGAUUGCUAUGGAGACUGGUAAACUGUGCUUUAGGAAGUCACCAGAACCAUCAAUUACGUAUCAGCAGGAGCAAGAAAUGGUCGUGCGACGAGAACAAUCAUGAUUAUUCGAUUUGGCCUGGCCGCAGAUGAAAGAUGCCCCAAGCUCCCAGCUCUAAAAUGCAGACCACACUAAGUACCUGGACACCUCUAAAUCAUCAUCUCUCCAAUGUUCAUGUUUUCGAAGAGAGAAGAAAUCUGAUUGGAAAGUGGUUUGAGAAGUGGACAGAUAGCCAGCGGAAACAGGUGCUGCAAGACUUUUUCUCCAGAUGUUCGGUUAGCCAACUGAAAUAUCUCAGACAGACUCUGAGCAACUUGGUUCCAGAAGAAGCUCUAGACUUUACUAGUGCCCUUCCCAGGGUCAUAUCCCUUUAUAUAUUUUCCUUCCUGGACCCCCGAAGCCUAUGUAGGUGUGCACAGGUGAGUUGGCAUUGGAAAAACCUUGUGGAGCUUGACCAGCUCUGGAUGCCUAAAUGUCUGAAACUAGGAUGGUGCAUAACUUUUUCUCCCACACCAUUUGAGCAAGGUGUAUGGAAGAGGCAGUAUACAGAGACAGUGCAGGAGCUUCAUAUUAGCAGGCCCAAGAUGCCUACAAAGGAGUUUUUCAUUAUCCCUGAGGUGAAAGUAAUUGGCAGUGAAAUGGAGGGGUCACUUCCUGUGACUGGGAAGUUAAUCCUCUCAAGUCAGAAUGGGAAGAGUAAAGAUGGGAAUAGCUUUGUGAAAUCAGCCAAAGCAAUUCUGCCGUGGAGAGAUUCGGACAGGCAUCCCACUGACACGAUACGCUUUAACUAUUUGGAUAACCUCGACCCAGCUGAGCAAGCAAGUAAAGAACUCAUAAAGGGAAGAUUUAAUUCCAAUACAACAAGACAAGAAAAUUCAAAAAAAGAACCAUCUCACACAACAUACAAGCUGCGCAAGGCCAAAUCUUUGAUGUUUUUGUCCUUGGAUCUCAGUACAGCAGGUAAGCAAAGACAUAACAGGCCACAAUGGGCAACAAAGAGUUUAGAAGCGCUUUCGGGAAACAUGGACUCCAUAAAGAGACUUGCCCAGACCUCCCAAAGGAAUGCAGGGAUACGUCCGGGUCCAGUAAGGCCUUCAGUGCCCAGACUGAGUAAGGAGGGGCACCGUGCAUCAAUGAGAUCCCAUCGAAGCACACCAACUGUGUCUCUUUUUGAAGGACAACCAUGAAGGACACCAACAUAUCAGUGAUCUAAACUGGAUACACAAGGCCACCUUCUGGAGGAUGUUGGAAUAGCAAAACGAACAACUUCACAAUUAAAUUAUUACUAAAUGAUUAAGUGAUUGCAGCACAAAAAAAUAAAAAAUAAAAAAAUAUUUUAUUUAUUGUAAAAAAUAAAUUAAUAGUACACAAACAUAGUAAAAUAGUUAUUGUUUAUUAUGUAUUUGCAUAACUAUGUCAUGAUUUCUUCCUCUGUGUUUCCUUUUCCCCCUGAAUCCCUUGUAUUAUUUAAAGGCCACUAGAUGUCCCCUUUUGCUCAGUAUGUCUCCCACUAGUGAGUAGGACAUAUGAGCUACUAUUGUUGUAGUUUUUCUGUUUUAUUAACUUGGUGAAUUAAUGAUUAAAAUUAAUUGUU